GAAAGAGAAAAGGAGGGAGGCACUGAGCAAACCCAGCUUCUCUCCCUGCCCUCCUUGGGCCGGUUCUCAUAUUCACAGUGCCAAGAACCAGGGCCUAGCCCACUAGCUCCCAGUAAACCUCAACAUGUGUAAUGUUGAUGCAACACACAUCCCAGGUCCUCCACCCUCCUCCUCCUGAUAAGGUACUCUCUUUCCAGCCCUAGGCCAGGGAAAUCCUGCUCCAGAUGUCCACCAGGUGGUAGCAUUGACCAAAUAAUAAUAAGGGCUAACGGCCGCACUGUUAGUACCAGGGAAGGAACUGUUCCCACGGUUAUCAUUUAUUCCUCCCUGCAACUGCCAUGAGGGUUAAGUACUACUGUUAUCCAAUGCGACCUUGGGCUUUACUCAUUUUAGGAGAAGUAGAACUAGGAUUAGAACCCACAGUGUCUGGCUUCAGAGCCUGGGCUCUUUAUCACCUCACUAUUAUCCCUAAGUGCCUGCUGCUGCCUCCCCAGCCAGGUCACUAAAAUGGGUCUCCUCCUUCCCUAGGAUGAUAGCGCUCCAGUCUUUUCAGUCUGUGAAGUCGACCCAUAUGUUUAACUCUAUCCCUAGUACUGUCUUUCUACUUCAGCCCCAAAUCCUCCCAUAACCUUUGGUAAGCAACUGGAUCAGUGCCCAUUUGAAAGUAGCUGGAAAGAAACAGAGGGCAUUUAACCUUCAUUUAUGCAUUGCUUCAACAAAUACUUAGGAAGGACCUGUGAGAUGCCAGGCAUUGGUACAGCAGUGAUCAAAACAGAAAUGAGAUCAGACAAGUUACAAAAUGAAUAAGUAAAAUGUAAAAAAAAAAAGUUACUUGUUAAGAUAUUACAGAGAAAAGGCAGGAAAGAGCAUAGGAAAAAGGGAGUAAGAUAAAAAGAAGAUAAGAUUAUAGUAAUGGGAAGAAGGGAGGGAGUGAAACAUUUUUUUCUAACCACAGUACUUUGUACCAAGUCCUGUACUUUACCUGUGCUAUCCCAGUUAAUCAGCCCAACCACUCAUUAAGAUAGGUAUUAUUCCCAUUUUACUGAGGAGAUAGAUCAUUGGGGUUAAGUGAACUUGCCUGGGGAGCAGUGCUAGCUGCAGGGGUACUUUGGGACUGUGACUCCUCCGAGGUCCCCCACCCUGCCCUACCACUCAGAGGUAGUUGUGCGGGGGAUUUCAAGUCCACUCCGCUCAAAAGCAGCUCACUCAGUGUACACAGCUGUGAACUGUCCCCCUGUGUUGGAACUUCCCGGCUAGCUAAAGCCAUAGAAACUUGCGAAUGUGAAUAAGGUCCUAAGAACCACUCCUGCAUGCAGACUGCUCUGGUCUCAGAAAAAGUACACAAACACAAGUCAGGACAGUUAUUAUUGUCCCUUUUUACUGAUGUGGUAAUUGAGGACUAAUAAAAGUCAGACCACAUUCUUAUCCAAGUCUUUGGCUCCAAAAAUCAGAAUUCCUGCCUUUUGACCCUCCUUAUUGCACCCAAGCCUAAAUGCCACAAAUGUUAAUUGAAAGGUAAGUGGCAUAAUCAGGGUCAUCAUGGAAAGUUCAGGGCCAGGAGCUGGGGUCAAACUCCCACUAUUCCCUCCAGCCACAGCGGCUUCUGUGACCAGAAUGGGAGGGGGUGGAGACUGUAAGGUCUACAGAUGUUUAUAGAGCCUAGUUUGUCCCUUUUUUAAUGGCUGAGGGAGGUGGAGGUACAGCCCCCUCCUUAAGUUGCUCCAGUGGUUUGAGGAGUCCCCAGGCAUGGACCUCCUAGGGAGGGCCCAAAGAGAGGUGGUCCUGGUCACUUGAUCAGGCUCCCCCAAGGGGUGACCCAAUAGGGAUAGGGCUGGGUGGUAUGUGGCAGGAAGGUUGCCCAGGGCCCAUGGUCUUUCCACCUUCACAGCCCCAAGCCCUCCCUGGAAGGGCAGGCUUACAUUGAGUUUUGAGUGGUUUCUGUAGUUUAGGGGAUGGGGACAGAGGGAAAGAGAAGUUGGUGACUGCUCCCCAGUUCCAAGCCACCACCACCGUCCUCCACCUUCCCUCACCCCAGGCUGCUUGCCCCCUGCAUUGAGAUUCCCCAGCCUGGUAGGGGAACUUGGGUAGUGGGGGGUGAAAUGAUUCUUUGAUCCCUGUCAGCUUCUUUCUUGUAUAAGAAUGUAAGAAUAUAUUUGAGGAGGAAAUAACCAUUGCUCUGCUUUGAAAGGACUGAUUCCUCCAGAAAAGGGGCUGUGAUCAGAGCAGGAGGGAGGAAGGUUAGGUAUAAGGGGAGAUUUCCCAAAAGAAUGAGCACAGUACUUUCCUGCCCUAGGGAGAAAGAACCCCAGCCAUCCACACUAAGAGCAAGGCAGGGGUAGAGAGACAAGAGAAAGUCUAGGAAGCUUGUGACUGAAGGCUGUUAGAGGCCAGGACCCCACCUUUCCAGCCCUCAGCCACUCCCUCCCCACCCUGCAGAGUGGCACCGAAUGGCAUGGCUAGGUGAGGUAGCCAUACCUGUAGCAUCUGGAGCAGGCAGGGCUGCCUGGCAAGGUACCAUGGCCAAGUGCCCAUUCCCAGGCACUCUGCAUGGUCUCCACUCUGUGCUCAUGAUUUGGAGGUCGGGAAGGGCCCUGGGAGACCCAGAGUGACAGAGGAAGAGAGACUUAGAGAGAAGAAAUAGGGAAGAACUGGAGAGGCAGAAAAAAAAACCCAGAAGAGCCCUCACCAGGGAGGGGGCUGGCAGGGAGAGACACAGAGAGAUAACACUGGGUGGGAGAAAAGCCAAUCACGGGAGCAGGAAAGGGAGAGCAGAACGCUGCCCCAGCACCCCCUGCUCUCAUCCCUCUACCUCUUGCUGGCCCUACUUGUCUGCCAAAUGGUACUGGGUGGGUCAUGCUUCAGAGAGCUUUGCUUCUUACUCCAAGCCUGCCCAAGGGGCAGAACCCCAAACAGACCAACAUCCUGUAUACAUAGUAUACAUAGGCACGUGGGCCAUUGGAUAAAGGCCAUGCAUUUGCCAAAAAGACACAGGGAUAAUCUGAACCUGUGGAUAAUCAAGGCACAGAAACAUACUCAGACUCCCAGUACAAGAAGGUCCCCAAAGUUUCCACUCCACCCCUUCCACUCCACUUCACUCCCUACCCCCUUGUCAACUAUUGUAGUAGAUGGAAAGUCCUUCUCUACUUCUAACAUUUGUCUCUCAAGCUGCAGCCACUGGGAAGCUCUGGGAGCUCCCCAGGAAUGGAGGUGCUGAUGGCAGCAGAGGGUGAAGCCCCAGGGUGGAGCAGAAAUGGAGGAUGGGGAAAUAGGAGGGCAAGAGAGGGAAGGGACAGCUGCCUGCUCUCUCCACGCCAGGUGCCACGUGCUGUGGCAUGGCUGGCUCCUGCUCUGCUGUUUACCAGCUGGGAGAGGGAGCAAGAGGAGGUGCCAGGGAGCCUCCCCACUGCAGCCUGGCUCCUGGCCAGCUGGCCUGUUGGGUAACCAGGAGAGCUAGGCCCAGCUAAUCAAACUCUGGGCUGAGGCUGUGCAGGAAAGAAGUGGCAUCCAGGACCUGUGGAAGCCUUGUCCCUCUGCUCUCUGCAGAACCCUUCCUUAGUGCAGGCCCCAGCUGUGCAUCCACCUGGCCUGGGGGAUCUCCUUCCCCCAGCUAGUGCGGUACAGGGUCUCUCCUCCCCUCUCCCCUCCCAUUGCUCCUUUGCCUCUGCACACUCCUCCAGGCCAGUCCUCUGGCCCCCAGUAAACAGGAAGAUAUGGAGGCAUCAGAGAGUCAAGGAAAUCUACGGAAGGGCAGCAAGGUGCAGGGGCUAAGCAGGCAGAGGCCUCAAGGAACUGAGGAACCACUGGGUUGAGUCUGACCUCAUCUUGGAGAAGAGGUACAAUCUCCACUCCCACCCCUCCAAAUAGGCCAUCUCUCCUCCAUCUCCUCCCUCUCCAUCUCCCUUGCUCCUGUUGCAUGUCUUGGUCAGGUAGAAAGUACAUGAUUCUGAAGUAACAAAGACCUGUAUUCAAAUCGCAGCUCAGCUGUAUACUGUCCUUGGGAAAGUCAUUAGUAUUUUUAUCACUUAGCUUGUGGGUAAAUCUGGAAUAAUUAUGUUUCCCUCAUGGGGGAAGUUGUGAGGAUCAAAGAAAAUCACAGGCCCUCUUGCUGGCCCUACUUGUCUGCCAAAUGGUACUGGGUGGGUCAUGCUUCAGAGAGCUUUGCUUCUUACUCCGAGCCUGCCCAAGGGGCAGAACCCCAAACAGACCAACAUCCUGUAUACAUAGUAUACAUAGGCACAUGGGCCAUUGGAUAAAGGCCAUGCAUUUGCCAAAAAGACACAGGGAUAAUCUGAACCUGUGCCUGGCAUAAUGUGCCUGGCAAAGGGCCCAGAACAUAGUAGGUGAUCAAUAAAAGCUAGUUCCCAUCCCUUCACGUAACCUAUUUCUCCUCAAGACCCCAAACUCUGUUCCUCUGGUCUCUCCCCUUGUCCCCUUGUGGUGCCAGCACGCUCUGCCAGCCACUCCUUUCCCCUGCCCACAGACGGGCCAGGCGCACCCUCCCUUCACCCUCCUCCCUCCCCUGGGCCCUGCUCCCUGCCCUCCUGGGCAUCCAGGGCAGCAAGGACGGUGCCCAGGGAGCUGCCCCAUGGAAAGGACCCCACAGAGAUGCCACCGAGCCUCACAGGAGCUGCUGGCUGCCAAGAAGACUCACACCUCUGCACCCUAUCCCUGGACCACCCCCUGCUGAGAAGGACAGGGAGCGGCAAAGCCCACAGCUCAGUCAUGAGAACACAAAUUGAAGUGAUCCCUUGCAAAAUCUGUGGGGACAAGUCAUCUGGGAUCCACUAUGGGGUUAUCACGUGUGAGGGGUGUAAGGGCUUCUUCCGCCGGAGCCAGCAGUGUAACGCGGCCUACUCCUGCACCCGCCAGCAGAACUGCCCCAUCGAUCGCACUAGCCGAAACCGCUGCCAGCACUGCCGUCUGCAGAAGUGCCUGGCACUGGGCAUGUCUCGAGAUGCUGUCAAGUUUGGCCGAAUGUCCAAGAAGCAAAGGGACAGCCUGCAUGCUGAAGUGCAGAAACAGCUGCAGCAGCAGCGGCAGGAGCAAGUGGCCAAGACCCUACGUGCAGGGGGCCAAGGAGCUGACGCCCUCACUUGCCCCUUGGGGCUACCCGACGGGCAGCUGCCCCUGGGCUCCUCGCCUGACCUGCCUGAGGCCUCUGCCUGUCCUCCUGGUCUCCUGAGAUGCCCAGGCUCCGGGCCCUCCUUCUGCAACAGCUUGGCCAAGGCCAAGCUCAAUGGGGCCUCAUACCACCUCGAAUACAGCCCUGAGCGGGGCAAGGCUGAGGGCACAGAGAGCUUCCAUAGCACAGGCAGCCAGCUGGUGCCUGUCAGAUGUGGACUUCAUUUUGAGGGCCCCAGGCAUCCUGGGCUUGGGGAACCAGGACAGGGACCAGACAGCUACUGUAGCCCCAGUUUCCACAGCACCCCAGGGGCACCUUAUGCCUCCCUGACAGAGACAGAGCACCUGGUGCAGAACGUUUGCAAGUCCUACCGAGAGACAUGUCAGCUGCGGCUGCAGGACCUUUUGUGUCAGCGCACCAACGUCUUCUCCCGGGAGGAGGUGGCUGGCUACCAGAGGAAGUCCAUGUGGGAGAUGUGGGAACGCUGUGCCCACCACCUCACAGAGGCCAUUCAGUACGUGGUGGAGUUCGCAAAGAGGCUCUCAGGCUUUAUGGAGCUCUGCCAGAAUGAUCAGAUCGUGCUACUCAAAGCAGGAGCGAUGGAAGUGGUGCUGGUCAGGAUGUGCCGGGCCUACAAUGCUGACAACCACACAGUCUUUUUUGAAGGCAAAUACGGUGGCAUGGAGCUGUUCCGCGCCUUGGGCUGCAGCGAGCUCAUCAGCUCCAUCUUUGACUUCUCCCGUUCCCUGAGUGCCUUGCGCUUUUCCGAGGAUGAGAUCGCCCUCUACACAGCCCUUGUCCUUAUUAAUGCCAACCGACCAGGGCUCCAGGAAAAAAGGAAAGUAGAACAGCUGCAGUACAACUUGGAGCUGGCCUUCCAUCAUCAUCUCCACAAGACUCAGCGCCAAGGCAUCCUGGCAAAGCUGCCACCCAAGGGGAAGCUUCGGAGCUUGUGUAGCCAGCAUGUGGAGAAGCUUCAGACCUUCCAGCAUCUCCACCCCAUCGUGGUCCAAGAUGCUUUCCCCCCGCUCUACAAGGAACUCUUCAGCGCUGAAACUGAGUUGCCUGAGGGGCUGUCCAAGUGACUGAGGAUGGACUCCUUUCCCUUCCCUAGAGCCUGCUGGGCCACCUCCCUGGACCCCCUCUCACCCUCAGCCUUUUCCUUUCCUGUGCCCCCAGGAGGGUGGACCCUGUCUAGUCUUUGGGGGUGAGCAAAUGCUGAGACUGGCUUUCUGCCCAUAGCUUUCCUGGCAGUGGGCCAAGAGCCAGAGGCUUGGGUGGAGGAACCCCAUCUCCUGCCUUCACUUUGCUCUGUCUCCUUUCCCAUGCUCCAUCACCCCCAGCUUCUGGGAGGCCUGGGGUGGAUAUAAGGACCUCUAGGAGGACCAAGUUGUCCUUAGGGCAACAGGAGGAUCUGGGACACACUGGAUGAAUGGAACUCAUCUUUGGGCUCAGAAGCUAAGAAUAGGCCUUUGAAAUACCUCAUUGCGUUUCCCUGUGGGCUUCAGCUGAGGUAGAUGCAUCAAGCUCAGAGACUGGCCUCUGGAGCCCAGAAGGACUUGUGUGUAACAUGAAUCGGGGUCUUUAGAUUUUCUGCCUUCCCUCUUCCUCCCAGCUCAGCAAGGAAGUGGUUGGGUACCCUGUCCUCUUCCUGGGGCUUUAAAACAAAUUGGAUUUAUGGAGGGUAAGGAUGGGGUAGGGGUAAAGGGCUGGGGAUAAUUUUUUAUGGGGUUUGGGUAUAGCGACAGGGUACAAUGAAGGUCAAGAGCAUCACAGGCAAAGAGAGAAUUCAAACCUCUUAUGUGCACUUUAAAAAUCAACUUUAGGGGUUAGCACAAAUCUGAGAUACAUGUCCACAUUACAGAUGAAAACACAUAUUCACAGACUCAACCUGCAACUAUGUGGUUCUAUAGAUCCACAUUUAAUCUGACAAUCUCUGAUUUCCUUGAGGACACAGCUCAGAGACGUUUAGUGGCCUCAGGGAAGAGUCCCAAUUCUGAGGGGGCCUCAGAAUACUUUCAUGGGGCCCCUGGGGUGGUCCAAACUCUAUCCCAGCCCCAGCUGCCUCCCAUCAUGAGAAACCCAGAGAGACGCAGAAAUGUCUGGACACUGCUCAGUCAAAAAGGCCAAGGACAGACCCUCAGAGGACUGUCUGGGCCCUGCCUUCCAGCCUUGUUUUCAUGGAGAAAAGAGGCAGAUGUAAUCCCACUGCUCUGUGACUGGGCACCAGCAGGGAGAAGGAGACCGACGAGCAGGGCAGAGACCUGCGAUCCCACCCCAGAACUUCUCUUGGCUUUAUAAACAGCUGUGAGCCCUCUUCUGAGGGAUAAACAGCAGAUGGUAGGGAGAGAGUAUGCUCCUGUAGGAGGAGGGGUUUAGUUGGGUGAACAUAAACCCCAACUUGUGCCAUUCCUUAUAAAAUUAUUUUAAAGGCCAGAAGUGAUAUGUCUGAGGGUCAUGGGAGCCUUAAAUAGGAUUACCUACAUGCUGCCCUCCAGUCUCAUUCCUGUGUGGAGAGACCUAGGUUGCCAAUCCAGCAAUCCAUCCAUUGCAAGAGCAUAAAGAUUCUAUCACUGGCUCUGAGCAGUUCCCCAGUGAGGCUUGGAGCUUAUCCAAAGGAACCCCCACCAGAGUCUCCAACUUAGCUCUAGGGCAGAUGAUGCUCUGGACUGAGAACUUUCCCUACAGAUGAUACCCACAGGGGACACUUAGACUGAGUUGUUGCACAGAAGUGCCCCACAUCUAGGGAACCAAAAGACAACCUAAAGGAAGUGCUUGGCCCCAGAGCACCCCAAAGGGGAAUCAAGAUGUCCCAGAGACCCUUUUGGGUGGCCCAGCAGCCUCUACCUCCUAACCCCUCCUGGGACCCCAGAGCCUCCCUCUGCACUUCCUCCCCCCCACUUGCCAUCCUGUAGUGGUGCUUGCUGCAGCAGCGGGGUUGCUGCAGACUCAUUCUUGCCGGGUUUUAAAGAGAGAGAGAAAAAAAAAAGGAGAAAUGC